UCAGUCCUUUGAGUGUACACAAAUCAACUCAAAAACACCCUAUACUUUCUUUAGCAACCGAGUUAACAUGACUAGUUCAAACGUCCUAAAGUUGGCAUCAUUGCUGCUCAUCGUGUGCAUGGCGAUGACGAGCGCCCCCGAGGCAGCCGACGCGGCAAUCACAUGCAGCGACGUAGUGAACCGCCUGAUGCCAUGCAUUUCCUACGUGCAAAACGGUGGCCAGCCCACUGCUACAUGCUGUAAUGGGGUGAACACACUCUACGCCCAGGCUCAAACCUCGGCGGACCGCCAAAGCGUGUGCAAGUGCAUUAAAUCGGCGAUCAGCGGGUUCCAGUACUCGAACUUCAACCUCGGUAACGCGGCGACCCUCCCCGACAAGUGUAAUCUCCAUAUUCCGUACAAGAUCAGCCCCUCCAUCGACUGCAACAAGGUGCAGUGAGGUGGAUGAUGCUGGAUGAACAAGUACGACGUAGUUUUCGGCUCAGUUUGAUGAAAUAGCUAGCUCUAUCGACGGUUAAUUAAGUUGUGUUGGUGUGUUUCAGCAAUAUGUACUUUAUGAUCACUAUAUCCAUAUGUUAUAUAUAUCUUAAUCUUUAUAUAUUAAUGAUGGUACUACGUUUUAUCA